AUGGACAAGCUUGCCACCCGCCUCGCGCGAGUCUCCCUCGCGUCGUCCUCGACCCCCCUCGCCGCCUCAUCGUCCCGACUCUUUUCGACCGCUUCGACCGCCCGCGCCGUCGCAGUAACCGCCUCGUACCCUUUCUCCUCCAACGUGCAAGUUAUCCCGCCUCCGCGCGACCUCUCGGUGCGGCCAGAUGGCAAGCUCCCGCAGAAGCACAACCUCCUCUGCACCCUCAACCACCUCAUGACGGCGCAGCACCCCAAAGCCAAGGUCUGGAUGCCCCUCUUCUCCCGCCGCGACAAGCAGCGCCUCCGGCCCGGAUCGAUCCUCACGAUCGAGACCUACGCGACGGCUCCCACCCCCGAAAACCCAAAGCCGAGUACAUCGCUCUACUCGGGCGUCUUGAUCGGCAUUCGUAGGCGGCAUGAGGGACGCGAUCUCUCGAUCCGACUCCGGACGCUCGUCGGGAGGCUCCACGUCGAGCAGGUGUUCAAGGUCUUCAGCCCGCUCGUCAAGAGCAUCAAGAUUGUCCAGCGCGCGACGAGGAGCGGACCGGUUAUCAAGAACAGGGACGGAACGGUCAUUCGGAGGAAGCCUGUGCUCAAGGCGGCGAGGCGGGCACAGAUGUACUACGUGCGCGAUCAGCCAGACAGGCUGCCAUCGGUCGCCGGUUUCGUCAAGGCGCAGCGGCUCAAGGAGGAGGGGCACGGACCGACGAAGAGGACGGGUCGGUAG